GGCGAUGGAGCAGUAUCAGACUCUGGAGCAGGCCCUCGGAGGGCUGGUUUGCACCUUCCAGCGCUACUGCCGGAAGGAAGGCGACAGGCACACACUCAGCAAAGGGGAACUGAAGGAACUCUUGGAAAACGAGCUUCCCAGCCUGAAAACCCUUCAAAUAAAAGAUGGUGCUGUCGAAGAGUUGAUGGCAUUGCUGGAUACAAACAAGGACAACCAAGUGGACUUUGAAGAGUACAUCCGCUUCAUCGCGGCGGCCUGCACCUUCUUCCACGACUUCUUCCGGGACAGCCCUCCGGUCCAGCCCCGACUGCUAUGAAAACCAAGAUGGCUCCCCAACUCACCCAAGGCUGCAAAGCAGGUUCCUCACCCCGGUUGGAAAAACCGUGCCAGGAAAGUCCCUGUGUCCAUCUCUGAAAUCUCAAGACAAGUCUUCUUUCUCAUCAACUGUGUCUUUAUUUCAUUUUGUUGCUUGAGAAAUCAGUUUUGAGCCUCAAAAAGCGAGGGGGGGAUAGAACAAGAAAAAAUGGCUUCUGAAAGGAUGAAACGAAAAGUAACAGCAACGCAGUGGAGCUACAAAUCCUUAGCAUCUCAUACCUUUGAGGGAAAGAGCCUCAAAGUUAGAACUGUAAAAGGUCAUAGAAAUGUUAUACAGUGGUACCUCGGUUUAUGAACUUAAUCCGUUCCAGAAGUCUAUUUUUAAACUGAAACCGUUCUUAAACUGAGGCGCUUUCCCUAAUGAAGCCUCCCGCCGCCGGUGCCCUUCCACCAUUCGACUUCCAUUCUUAGACUGAGGUAAAGUUCGCAAACCAAAACACUACUUCCGGUUUUGCAGAGUUCGUAAACCGAAUAGUUCGUUAACAGGGCUGUUCAUAAACCAAGUUACCACUGUAUACUCAAAGGAUCAUGGGUGAUUGCUGUCUUGAACUGUCUCCGAAAACCGAGCUGUGAGAGUGGAAGUUGAAUGUGUCAGGAGAGGCUACUAGAUACUUUCAGACUUAUCAGUCUUAGACAUUUAUAUAAU